AUGGCCAUUGUCACUGCCACGGUGAUGGGGCUCCUGCUUCUAGCCUGGUUGCCUACUGGUAUGCCUCAUCAAGAUCCCCCAUCCUGGGGGACACCCCGAAGCCAUAGGAUCCUGCGGUGCUACUCUGCUGAGGAACUGUCUCACGGCCAGGCUCCCCCACACCUGCUAACUCAAAGUGCCAGGUGGGAACAGGCUCUCCCUGUAGCCCUGGUGUCCACUUUGGAGGCCCCGGGCCACAGGAGGCAGCAUGGAGGACCUCUAGUUGGAACACAGUGCCCCGUGCUACGGCCAGAGGAGGUGUUGGAAGCUGACACCCACCAGCGCUCCAUCUCGCCUUGGAGAUAUCGCAUCGACACAGAUGAGAACCGCUACCCGCAGAAGCUGGCCGUGGCAGAGUGCUUGUGUCGUGGCUGUAUCAACGCGAAGACCGGCCGUGAGACAGCCGCCCUGAACUCUGUGCAGCUGCUGCAGAGCCUGCUGGUGCUGAGGCGACAGCCCUGCUCCCCAGACGGUGCAGGGGACCCUAUACCAGGCUCCUUCGCCUUCCACACUGAGUUCAUCCGCGUGCCCGUUGGAUGCACCUGCGUUCUUCCCAGGUCCGCACAGUGA